UCCCAUCUCUGGUUUGGGUUGACGAGCUAGCGUAUCCAGGCUCACUUGCUUAUCUUCAACUGAAAUCAAAAUUCGAAGAUGCGCUUCUUAAAUCGUUCAAAGGAGACACGACGUUGGUGACAGCAAUGGUAGAAUGGUUCGGCCAUACUCAGAAAGCAAAACCGAAAAAGCCCUCUUCUUCGAGUGCUCCUAAGAGCAAACUGACACAACGACCAAAGGUGACUGYCUCCCUAAUUCUCAAAUUUGGACAARGAUCCAAACCUGAUCCCACAUUGCCCUUACAAAAAGCUCUUAAAAAAAACMAUGGGAAGUUCCCAACCCCUGUCAAUGAGAAAGCAGCCAUCAAGAAAAUAUCUAUUCUACCUCCAGGUCAAGGUCCAGCCAAUGUCGGCUCGUGCAAUCCUUACUGUAGAUAUAAAUGCAUGUCAACAUGCAAUCCAGGCUGUUGUGCAUCGAAGAUUGCAACCAACGCCGCUCAUCCUAUGUCGAAUUUGAUGAUGCAAAGGCAAAUGGCAAUGACGCUACCACGAAUGGGAAUAACUUUACAGCAGCCUAUGGGAAACCUUCAAAGACCUAUGGGACCCAUGCWUCCAUUACAACAACCAAUUUUCGGAAGACCUAUGACGCCAGCGAUGCAAAGACCUAUGAUUCAAAGGCCUAUGAUGAUAAGACCUCCAUUGGCACCGCCAAUGCCUAUGAGGCAGCCAAUCMCAAUGGCGGGACCAAUGCCAAUGCCGAUGGGUGGACCAAUGGCGAUGCCGAAUCCUAUGAUGCCGAUGAUGGGACCACCUUGCAUUCCAUCAGCAAUGAAUAAUUGCCAACCUCAGAAAGGCCARAAGGGUAAAAGGCCUUUAAAACCCAAUUUUUCAUUACGUAGACCAAUGCCUUUCCAACAACCAAUGGUGAACCCUAUGGGAAUGCCAAUGCAAGCACCAAUGCCCAUGGGAAUGGGAGUACAAUGUGGUCCUCCACCAAUGAACCCAUGUAGGCAACCAAUGCCAAUGAGACUUCCAAUGCCAAUGGCACGACCAAUGCCCAAUACUAUGCUACAAAGACCCAUGAGCAUGCCMUGUGUUCCUCAACAAGGAAGGCCAUGUCUUCCUAUGCAAGGACCACAAAUGCCAUUGUCRCCACCCUUCCCAAUGCAACCAAACCCUUUCCUUCAAAGACUUCAGAUGCUGAGACAAAAGCAACUUAUGCAAAAACAAUUCAUCAAGAUGCCUUCAUUUAAGAAUCCAUACCAGGCACCUCCUUACAUGCCCCAASCACAAUAUCCGAUGUUCUUCCCAAUGGCAGCUCCUUGUAUACCUACCGCACAAAAACCUUGUCCAAAGACAGGAAGCUCCCGAUCAGUACUUCCACAGACUCCAAGAGAACCUGUUAUUUCUCUUGACGCAAUAAACCCUUAUCAAAGGAUGAAUAUGCCACCUCAGAUGCCAUACCAAGGAAAGAUGGGUGUCAGACAACCAAUAUCAACGAUGUUUGGGCCAACAAAUCAGCAACCUUUGUUUGCGGACUAUAGGGAAUUACCAUCACUAUUAAAAAAAGUCGAUAACCCCAUACAGCAAUCGGUACUAUUUGGUCUCCUAAAUCCGCAUAUGAAUCAAUACAAUGAUCCAAGGAAAAACAAAAAGAAAAACAAAAAAGGAAAAGGGAAAAAGAACAAAGGGAUUACAAUAAACACCCCUCCACUUCCUCCUAUCCAUUUGUUUAAUAUACCGAUGGGAUUUCCAUAUCAUCACCAAAUGGGGGCUCCAUGUGGUCCUCCAACAAUGACUCCUUGUAGACCACYAAUGCCAUUCAGACCACCCAUSAUGCCACUUAUGCCUCCACUACCACCAAUGUCCAUGCCAAUGAGGCCAAUGGGAGGACGAUGUGGCCCUCCGCCAAUGAAUCCAUGCAGGCCACAAAUGCCAAUGAGUUCUCCAAUGCAAAUGAGGGCACCACUGCCAAUGCCGAACCCAAUGUUGCCCAUGAUGGGACAGCCGUGCAUUCCCACAGCACUGAAUAACUGUAAGCCACCUAAUAAAGGCAAGAAAGGCAAAAAGCCCUUGAAGCCAUAUAUUCCAUUUGCGGCGCCAUUCCAGCAACCAAUGAUGAAUCCUGUGGGGAUGCCUAUGGGACCGCAAUGUGGUCCUCCACCAUUAAACCCAUGUAGGCCAYCAAUGCCGAUGGGUGCUCAAAUGCCAGUUCCAAAUCCUAUKAUGCCGAUGAUGCCCCAACCUUGUAUUCCAACAUCAACGAAUACUUGUAAACCUCCCAAGAACGGAAAGAAAGCCAAAAAAGGAGUACAACAGUAUAUUCCAUUACCACCUGCAAUGCCAUUCCAACAGCCAAUGAUGAAUCCUAUGGGAAUGCCAAUAGGACCUCAGUGUGGACCUCCACCAAUGAACCCUUGCAGGCCACCAAUGCCCAUGCCAAUAAGACCAAUGAUGAAUCCUAUGGGGAUGCCUAUGGGACCGCAAUGUGGUCCUCCACCAUUAAACCCAUGCARGCCACCAAUGCCGAUGGGUGCGCCAAUUCCAGUGCCAAAUCCUAUGAUGCCAAUGAUGCCCCAGCCUUGUAUUCCAACACAAAUGAAUAACUGUAAGCCAGCCAAGAACGGAAAGAAA